UGUGUCGCACCCAGGCGAGCUGUCCAGCCGGGCCCCGCACCCGAGGCCCCUUGUCUGCAAAGGCUCAAGGAAGCUUCAACAGAUCUUCCACUGAAAAAAAAAGAGAAAAAGAGCCCAGUUUUGCUUCUGUCUGGGCUCCCCAUCUGACAGAGCAGGAUGUCGGGGGCGUCGGUGAAGGUGGCGGUACGCGUGCGGCCCUUCAAUUCCCGCGAGACCAGCAAAGAGUCCAAAUGCAUCAUCCAGAUGCAAGGCAACUCAACCAGUAUUAUCAACCCAAAGAACCCCAAGGAAGCUCCAAAGUCCUUCAGCUUUGACUAUUCCUACUGGUCUCACACCUCGCCGGAAGACCCAUGUUUUGCCUCUCAAAAUCGCGUGUACAAUGACAUAGGAAAGGAAAUGCUCUUGCAUGCCUUUGAGGGCUACAACGUCUGUAUCUUUGCCUAUGGGCAGACCGGUGCCGGGAAGUCCUACACGAUGAUGGGCAAACAGGAGGAGAGCCAGGCUGGCAUCAUCCCGCAGUUAUGUGAGGAGCUCUUCGAGAAAAUCAAUGACAACUGCAACGAGGAGAUGUCUUACUCCGUCGAGGUGAGCUACAUGGAAAUCUACUGUGAAAGAGUGCGAGAUUUGCUGAACCCCAAAAACAAGGGCAAUCUGCGUGUCCGCGAGCACCCCCUCCUUGGCCCGUAUGUGGAGGAUCUGUCCAAACUGGCCGUCACCUCUUACACAGACAUCGCUGACCUCAUGGACGCCGGAAACAAAGCCAGGACAGUGGCGGCGACCAACAUGAACGAGACCAGCAGCCGUUCCCAUGCUGUGUUCACCAUCGUCUUCACCCAGAAGAAAAUGGACACUGAGACCAACCUGUCUACUGAGAAGGUCAGUAAAAUCAGCUUGGUGGAUCUGGCUGGCAGUGAACGAGCCGACUCAACUGGCGCCAAAGGAACUCGAUUAAAGGAAGGAGCCAAUAUUAAUAAGUCCCUCACAACUUUGGGCAAAGUCAUUUCCGCCUUGGCAGAGGUGGAUAACUGCACCAGCAAGAGCAAGAAGAAGAAGAAGACAGAUUUUAUUCCCUACAGGGAUUCCGUUCUCACUUGGCUCCUGCGAGAAAAUUUAGGUGGCAAUUCCCGGACCGCCAUGGUCGCAGCUCUGAGCCCCGCUGAUAUCAACUAUGACGAGACUUUGAGCACUUUGAGGUAUGCAGAUCGUGCUAAGCAGAUCAAGUGCAAUGCUGUCAUCAACGAGGACCCCAACGCCAAGCUCGUUCGUGAGUUAAAGGAGGAGGUGUCCCGGCUCAAGGACCUUCUUCGCGCUCAGGGCCUGGGCGAUAUUAUCGACAUUGAUCCAUUGAUCGAUGAUUACUCUGGAAAUGGAGGCAAAUAUCUGAAAGAUUUUCAGAACAAUAAGCAUAGGUACUUGCUAGCAUCUGAGAAUCAACGUCCUGGCAAUUUUUCCACAGCAUCCAUUGGCUCCCUUACUUCAUCUCCAUCUUCCUGCUCACUCAGUAGUCAGGUGGGCCUCAACUCGGUCAGCAGCAUUCAGGAGAGGAUCAUGUCCACUCCGGGCGGAGAGGAGGCCAUCGAGCGUCUGAAGGAGUCGGAGAAGAUCAUCGCUGAGUUGAAUGAGACCUGGGAGGAGAAGCUGCGGAAGACAGAAGCCAUCAGGAUGGAGAGAGAGGCCCUGCUGGCAGAGAUGGGCGUUGCCAUUCGGGAGGAUGGAGGGACCCUGGGAGUUUUCUCACCUAAAAAGACCCCACAUCUCGUGAAUCUCAACGAGGACCCACUCAUGUCUGAAUGUCUGCUUUAUUACAUCAAAGAUGGGAUCACCAGGGUUGGCCAAGCAGACGCGGAGAGGCGCCAGGACAUUGUGCUGAGUGGGGCCCACAUUAAAGAGGAGCAUUGUAUCUUCCGGAGCCAGAGGAGCAGCAGUGGGGAUGUGAUUGUAACGCUAGAGCCCUGUGAACGAUCUGAGACUUAUGUCAAUGGCAAGAGGGUGGCCCAACCUGUUCAGCUGCGCUCAGGAAACCGUAUCAUCAUGGGUAAAAACCACGUGUUCCGUUUCAACCACCCGGAGCAAGCGAGGGCCGAGCGGGAGAAGACCCCAUCUGCUGAGACCCCGUCGGAGCCCGUGGACUGGACGUUCGCCCAGAGGGAACUGUUGGAGAAACAGGGGAUCGACAUGAAGCAGGAGAUGGAGAAGAGGCUGCAGGAGAUGGAGAUUCUAUACAAGAAGGAGAAGGAAGAAGCGGACCUUCUGCUGGAGCAGCAGAGACUGGACUAUGAGAGUAAGUUGCAAGCCUUACAGAAGCAAGUGGAGACCCGGUCCCUCGCUGCAGAGACAACCGAAGAGGAAGAAGAGGAGGAAGAAGUCCCUUGGACUCAGCAUGAGUUCGAGCUGGCCCAAUGGGCCUUCCGGAAGUGGAAGUGUCACCAGUUCACGUCUCUCAGGGACUUGCUUUGGGGCAAUGCUGUAUACCUGAAGGAGGCCAACGCCAUCAGUGUGGAGCUGAAGAAGAAGGUGCAGUUUCAGUUUGUCCUGCUCACCGACACGUUGUACUCCCCUUUGCCUCCUGAAUUACUUCCCAGUGAGAUGGAAAAAACCCACGCAGAGAGGCCGUUCCCACGCACAGUGGUGGCUGUUGAAGUUCAGGAUCUGAAGAAUGGAGCUACACACUAUUGGUCACUGGAGAAACUCAGGCAGAGGCUGGAUCUGAUGCGGGAGAUGUAUGACCGGGCCGGGGAGAUGGCUUCGGGCGCCCCGGAGGAGAGCGAGGCCACGCUGACAGGCAGCGACCCGUUCUAUGACCGGUUCCACUGGUUCAAGCUGGUCGGAAGCUCCCCCAUUUUCCACGGCUGCGUGAACGAGCGUCUGGCCGACCGCACGCCCUCCCCCACUUUUUCUACGGCCGACUCGGACAUCACAGAGCUGGCCGACGAGCAGCAAGACCCCAUGGAGGACUUUGAUGAGGAGGCCUUCGUGGACGACACCGGCUCUGACGCGGGCACCGAGGAGGGAUCGGACCUCUUCAGUGACGGGCACGACCCGUUUUACGACCGCUCCCCUUGGUUCAUUUUAGUGGGCAGGGCAUUCGUGUAUCUGAGCAACCUGCUGUACCCCGUCCCUCUGAUCCACCGCGUGGCCGUGGUCAGCGAGAAGGGAGAAGUUCGGGGCUUUCUACGGGUGGCCGUCCAGGCCAUUGCAGCUGACGAAGAAGCACCUGAUUAUGGCUCUGGGAUCCGGCAGUCGGGAACAGCUAAAAUCUCUUUCGAUAAUGAGUACUUCAAUCAGAACGACUUCUCCUCAGUGGCUCUGACGAGAUCCGGCCUGUCCCUGGAGGAACUCAGGAUUGUGGAAGGCCAGGGCCAGAGCUCAGACGCUCUCUCCCCACCUGAAGAAAUCAGCCGAGUGCGGGACUUGGAUCUGAAGCAGAGUGCUCUGCUGGACGGGAAGAUGGUGAUGGAAGGGUUCGAGGAGGUCGGCCACCACCUGCAGCUGGGCAGCGCCUUCACCUUUCGUGUCACGGUGCUGCAGGCCAGCGGGAUCCUGCCCGAGUACGCCGACAUCUUCUGCCAGUUCAACUUUUUGCAUCGCCAUGAUGAAGCAUUCUCCACGGAACCACUCAAAAACAAUGGCCGAGGAAGUCCACUGGGCUUUUACCACGUACAGAAUAUUGCCGUGGAGGUCACUGAGUCAUUCGUGGACUACAUCAAGACCAAGCCGAUUGUCUUCGAAGUCUUUGGACACUACCAGCAGCACCCGACGCACCUGCAGGGGCAAGAACUUAGCAGCCCACCCCAAACCUGUCGACGGUUCUUCCCUCCACCCAUGCCGCUGUCUAAGCCAGUGCCAGCGACCAAGCUGAACACCAUGAGCAAGACCAGCCUGGGCCAGAGCAUGAGCAAAUACGACCUCCUGGUGUGGUUUGAGAUCAGCGAGCUGGAGCCCACGGGAGAGUACAUCGCAGCAGUGGUCGACCACACGGCAGGCUUGCCAUGCCAGGGCACCUUCCUGCUCCACCAGGGCAUCCAGCGGAGGGUCACGAUGACCAUCAUCCACGAGAAGGGCAGUGAGCUCCACUGGAAAGACGUGCGGGAGUUGGUGGUGGGCCGGAUUAGGAACAAGGCGGAGGUGGACGAGGCCGCGGUGGACGCCGUCCUGUCCCUCAACAUCAUCUCGGCCAAGUACCUGAAGUCCUCACACAACUCCAGCAGGACCUUCUAUCGGUUCGAGGCAGUGUGGGACAGCUCCCUGCACAACUCUCUCCUCCUGAACCGCGUCACCCCUUACGGGGAGAAGAUCUACAUGACCCUGUCGGCUUACCUAGAGCUCGACCACUGCAUCCAGCCGGCUGUCAUCACCAAGGACGUGUGCAUGGUCUUCUACUCCCGCGAUGCCAAGAUCUCGCCUCCCCGCUCUCUGCGCAGCCUCUUCGGCAGCGGCUACUCCAAAUCCCCAGACUCUAACCGAGUCACUGGGAUUUAUGAACUUAGUUUGUGCAAAAUGGCAGACACAGGAAGUCCAGGGAUGCAGAGGCGACGGCGAAGGGUCCUAGACACGUCGGUGGCUUACGUGCGAGGCGAGGAGAACCUGGCCGGCUGGCGGCCCCGAGGUGACAGCCUCAUCCUGGAGCACCAGUGGGAGCUGGAGAAGCUGGAGCUUCUGCAUGAGGUGGAGAAGACGCGACACUUCCUCCUGCUACGAGAGCGGCUGGGCGACAGCGUCCCCAAGUCCCUGAGCGACUCGCUGUCCCCCAGCCUGAGCAGCGGGACCCUCAGCACGUCCACCAGCAUCUCCUCGCAGAUCUCCAGCGCUACCUUCGAGAGCGCCAUCACGCCCAGCGAGAGCAGCGGCUACGACUCGGCUGACAUCGAGAGCCUGGUGGACCGAGAGAAGGAGCUGGCCACCAAGUGCCUGCAGCUCCUGACACACACGUUCACUAGGGAGAUCAGCCAGAUGCCCGGCAGCGGCAGCGACUGCAAGCUGUCAGACAUCUCUCCCCUGGGCCGGGACCCGUCCGUGUCCAGCUUCAGCAGCGCCACCCUGACGCCCUCGUCUACCUGCCCCUCCCUGGAGGACACUCGCAGCAACUCUAUGGAGCAGAAGACCCCAGAGGCCAAUUCUAGGGCCUCUAGCCCCGGCCCAGAGUAUGAGCAGUUUCAGAUUGUCCCGGCCUUGGAAACACCGUUUUUGGCCAGAGCGGGAAAAAAUGAAUUUCUCAACCUUGUUCCAGAUAUUGAAGAAAUUAGACCUGGCUCCGUGGUGUCCAAGAAAGGGUACCUGAACUUCAAGGAGCCCCUCUCGGGCAACUGGGCGAAACAUUUUGUCGUGGUGCGUCGGCCCUACGUGCUCAUGUACAACAGUGACAAAGACCCGGUGGAGCGGGGCCUCAUCAACCUGUCCACGGCGCAGGUGGAGUUCAGCGAGGACCCGCGCGCCGCCAGCAAGGUGCCCAACACAUUUGCUGUGUGCACAAAACACCGAGGAGUCCUCCUGCAGGCGCUCAACGACAAGGACAUGAGCGACUGGUUAUAUGCCUUCAACCCCCUCCUCGUGGGCACCAUUCGGUCCAAGCUCUCCCGCAGAUGCCCAAGCCAAGCCAAGUUCUAAGCGACUAUAGGAUGCCCUCAGUGGCCUUGAGCGACACGGAACCUCGGGGCCUCUCGUCUCUGUCCGUGAUGGGACGGUCACCCCUGUGCGGCCCCCUGUGGCUUCCCUCCCCGUCCAGUCCAGCACUGUCCUGGCGCCCCUGUCCCCCUCUUCAUUGCUGUCGUACUUCUCUCCUGUGCUGAGAAUCUCGUUAGUAGCAUGUGGCCUAACACAAGGGGGGAGGGGAAAAAAGUUCAAAAAAAAAAAUCAAAAAACAAAAACAGACAAAGAAACAAAAAAAAAAACACCAAAAGCCCAGAGGAGAUCCACGAAGUCUCCAGGUUCUUUUUCUUUUUCUUUUUUCCUUUUUGUUCUUCUUUUGGUGAUUUUGAUUUUUUUUGUCUUUUGGGUCCCUGUCCCAUCUGUUCUGUCCCAUCCACUCUGACGUUUGUCCCUCAGUAUGUGGGUGACUCGGUCUGUCUUGCAGGAAAAUGUCACGAGUGGUUUCUUUUCGCCGCUGGUGAGAUCAUUUUUCAUUGCCUCAGACACUAAGGGAGAAGGCAGCGGCCUCUCAGGCUGA